CAGAACAAAUUCUUGACAAAAUGUUUCGACUUCUGCUGCUUAUUUGCUGUUUGUCCCUUGGGAGCUUUCAGACGGCCAAAGAUAGAUAUAUCGUUGCAACUUUUGGCAAGGUUAAUUGGUUCCAGGCGAAUCAAAUAUGCCACAAAUCCAAUAUGAUUCUGGCCACAGUCACAAACUACGAGCAGCAGCUCCUACUGAUACAUAGCAUAGCUGCCAAUGGACACCUGCUGGGACAGGAGGGCUUCUGGCUUGGCGCCAGCAACUUGGGGGAUCUCAAUGCAUGGACGUGGCAAGGGCUUGGAAUACCUCUGGGCUAUAAGAAAUGGGGAAAUAAUGAGCCACAAAUGAAUUUGAUUGGGACUGAGGGAUGCAUGGUUAUGGGAUUGGAUCAGUCUUGGUAUAGUGUGGAUUGCUACAGUGAAUACUACUUCGUAUGCGAAAGAGCGUGCAACUCAACAAACGAUCCCUUGUAUAUAAAAAAAAUAUAUAUAUAAUAUGUUAAAAAAAAA